AGUGCGUCUGAUUACUCGUCCACCUUCACUCGAAUAGCGAGUAUCCGCGCAAGCUCUCUCCUUUUCGUAUUUACUUCUUUUUAGAUCACCGGGUCAGCUUGAUUUCACCUGCGGAGACACGCAGCGACAACGCACUCGUUUCUUCUCUCUUAAACCGAGAAACAGAAGACGGUGUGCGACCUGCGAAAGUAUAAGGCGCGCUGGGCUUUUCACUUCCAUAUUUGCUGCUUUUUGAGAAGCUGUAACGCGCUGAUUCUGCCGCCGUUACCGCUGGAGCCUUUUUUUUCUAGCUCAAACAUCUAACAACAGCAGCACCAAUACGUAAAGGACUCGAACAAUCCGUUCCAGCCAACACAACACCCUCAGCAUAGUACAUCGAAAGGAGGGAAAACAUAUCGAAGGCAGUGAAGCCCUUCGAACUUCAUUAGAACAGAAACGAGCGCGGCCUACUCUGCUCACUGCGAGCACCGUAUGUUGUGCCUUCCUUCUUGUGCCUAUUGUAGAUCUUUUUGUCUGUUGGGUUUUAGAUACGCGGCGUCUUCAUUGCUGAAAUGGGCAACCGCGUCUCGACGAGCACGUCUCCAUUCUCCCUAGAGGAUUUGGAGGCCAUCGCACGCACUCCGCCCGUUUCAUCCGCCACUGCCGUCUCGGCCACCUGCCCUUCGUUGCCCUUCGAUGCAGUGGCUGCUGAUCUCGCUGCGGCGGUGAGCACGCCGAACAGCAGCAGCGGCAACGGCACUGGCGCAGCUCGCAAAGGCGGCGCGGGUGCAGCCGCCAACGCCGUCGAUACCGGCAGCAGUCUCGGCAGCAGCGGCAGCGUGCAUCUGCGAAAGGAGAAUAUCAAGGCAGAAAUCGAGCAGCAGUUUGCGGAGGUGGAGACGUCACUGCACGCCCUGCGCUGCGUGCCAGACUUCUCGCGUGGGUAUCAGCUGUCACUGCUGCGUAGAGAAUCGCGCCACAGCGACCCGUUGGGCAGAACCAGCGACGCUGAUCUGGACAACGAUGAAGGCAACAGUAGCAGCAGCAGCGGCAACAACAAUAGGAACGACGUGAAGAGCGGCGUGCGCAGUGGAAGGGCUACGAAGCGCAGAGCCAGUAGCUCGCGGGCAGGCAUCACUAAAAGCUCAGCUGCCUCGCUCCCCGCCGUGCCAUCGACGGCGAAGCAAAAUUCUGCUGUAUCGCCGCGGUCGUGGAUCUUUCGCGAUGUCUCUGUGCAGCCGCUGGAUUUAACGCAGGCCGUAGAUGUGAACCCGGCUGAGGUGUACGUGGUGGUGCUCGUGCAGCGCUCCAUGGCAGUGAGCGGGCCUUCCCCCUCUCCGCCGUCGACGACCAACACGGCGGCGAACCUCACACCACCCCCGCAGAGCUUGUCUGGUGCAGCAGCGGCUGCAUUGGCCGAAAACCCACGCAGCAGUAGUGCCGGCCCGCGUACCACCAGCACCGCGCGCCCGACGGCGACAACAACAGGAAAUGCCAAUAGCGGCGGCAGCAACAAUACGAACGACAAUAGCGGUAGAAACACGGCCGAGUGGCCGCGUGACAUGGUGUGUUCCUUUACCCCACGCGGCCUCUCGACGCCCUUCUCGAGCGACUUCAACCGUCCAACUUCCGGCGCGUUUUCUCCGAGUGGCGGUGGCGGCGUUUUAAGCGGGUCUUCGCCCUUCGCCACGCCACGCACGAGCGGGUCGAUGAGCAACCGACCUACCCCACGCAACGGUGGUACGGCGACCUCCGGCUCGCCCCAUUCCGCCUCCUCGCUGCCCACACCACGUGCGUCGGGCUUUCACUACAGCAUCCACCUGCUCACCGGCCGACAGGCAGACGCCUUAACGGCUGCGGCGGGCUUCCUGACAGCUCGCGCACUGGAGAAGCUGUUUCUCGAGUGCCCUGAUUUUGAUCGGCGCCUGUUCUAUCACGUGCACACGCCGAAGGCGGAGGAGACGAUUCGGGCGUACAAUCUCUUCUUCGCUGCGCCGGACAAGGCAGGCGGCGUGGCGGCACGAGGCCGCGACACCUGGAAGGCCGCGAACAGCGGCGAAGGAGGUGGCUUUUCAUCCGCACCCGGACCCGCAGCAACGUCGAACAACCACAGCAGCAGCAGCUUCAGCGCUGCCGCAUUCAAGAAGGGAAUUCAGCGUGGGCCGGGCAGCGGCACGAGCGCCGGCCGGGCAGUCGCGUCCGUCGCGCCAAGCACAGCCGGCGUCUCGCCCUCUCCAUCCUCUAGCAAUUGGAUGUCCCUCGCGAGCGGUGUGUCGAGAGGCUCUUCCUUGUACGAGAUCACAGCAACGCAGGAGGCUUCGAAGGAGCUGCUGCGCGAGCUACUCGCUGCGAUGCGGCCGGUGCCGGUGGUGGCGCCGCGGUUUGAGCGUCACAGCGAGCCGGCCGCUUCAGCAGGCGGUGCGGCGACGUCGCCCGUGGUGUCGCCCAUCACCGCGGCUGCCGCCGCCAUCACGUCCUCCUCUCCCCCCGCCGCCGUCGCCAGCAGCAGUACCCACAGCACCGUCGACAUUGUGACCAUUGUGCCCCUCAACACGGCGGAGAUGUGCGGCGCUAACGCCCUUUUCCGCGUGCUGAGUGGCUACCGCGGCAGCACGCCGCGGUGGUCGCACGCAGGCGAGAUGACGAGCCCGCUGAACUCGGCACGAUUUGUCCUUCCCGGUGGCGCGAGUGGGGCGGGCACGACGCAGAAUCUUCCCGUGGGGAUGAGCAGCUGGCAUCACGAGCCGCUGCCGCCCUUCCGUCCGCCACGCCGCGAUCCUUCUUUGUCGGGCGGCGACCCCGGCAUUCCGGGGACGACUACGCCCUUCACCGCCGCCGCCGGCGGCACACACGCGGGUGACUUGAAGAUGCCCCCGAACACGUCCAGUUGGCUUCAGGGACCGCAACCGUUGGACGUGCACUCCGCCACGCCCGCCGCCACAUCAGCAACAACAGCUUCUGCGGCCUCCACCACACCGCCCUCCGUCGCGGUGCUUCCGCCGCCGCCGCUGUCCUCUCCGUCCUCCUCGGCUACUCCACGCGGAGCGAGUCGACUGCCGAUCUCACACCCCUGCAGCGCCGGGUCCGAACCGCGACUGAAGCUGACGGGUGGCCACCCCUAUUCCUCGUCUGUCACGACGACAUCGCCUCAGCUGCCGUCACUGGCGCUGGACACGUUACUGCCCUCGAGGUACCGCCCAACACCGCUGAAUGAGCCACCAACCGUCACGCAGACGGUCACCCCAUCGCUCGUGACAACACCGCAGCAGCUUACCACGCAGCCGAGGUUUGCUUUGCGCUUCGAUGCACUGCUUCCCAAUACCUCCAACUUUUCUCCGCAGCAGUCGCCAGCACCUCUUCCUUCGACCGACGUGACCACGACGGCGAAGUUGAAGGCGUCGCAGCGCGCCGCUCUGCCGAUGGCUGGACGCACAUCGCACAAUGUAUCAGCUGACGCGUGCGACUCCUCCUCAGUGGAGCAGGGAGCUCCCGGAAAGCAUCCGCGGCCACACUCUCAUCAUCCGUCUAUUAAACGAGGAGACACGAAGCGAGGCGACACGCCGGCGAAGAAGCACCGGCCACAGACGCACGCUGCCACACCCCAAGACGAAAUGGACGAAGCGGACGCCGCGUGUGUUGUGGGCGACGUUGACGACGACGACUACAACGAGGUCUCGGCGCAGCAGGAACGCGCGCAGCGCCUCAAGGCGGCGCAGCCGGAGGUGACCGAGGUGCUGCCUUUCCUCUUCGUAGGCGGCGAGACGGCCGCGCGCGAUCGGGCGCAGCUGCUGCGCAAAGGCAUCACCCAUAUCGUGAACACUGUCAGCUGGUGCCUCGACAACUUUCACCCGGAUGCUUUUCGCUACUUCACGCUGAGCCUGAGCGACGCCGCGGAUGAGCCGGUGUUUUCGCUCUUCGCCGUGGUGAACGCGUUCGUGGAGAAGGCGCGUGGCACGAGCCACAACACCGGCCGUGUCUUCAUCCACUGCCAACAGGGCGUCUCCCGCUCGUGCACGUUUGUCAUCGCGUACGUGAUGUGGAAGUUAGGACUGUGCUACGACCGCGCCUACGAGCUGGUGCGUGCGCGGCGCAACGUGUGCAGCCCUAAUACCGGCUUCUUGAUGAACCUGCGCAUGUGGGAGGCGCACCUGACUACCCCGCAGCUAAACAAGAUAUACAGCUUUGCCCCUUACACCGCAGAGUCGCUGACACCCUUUGUGUAUCAGCUGGCUUCCUACUACACCUGCAGCACCGUGUCGACACAAGACACGGCAGAGGUGUCGCAGGAGGCGAAAGAAGCCUACUAUCAGUUAUGCGCUGAUGUGCUGCGCCGUGCCGUGGACCAUCGAAGCAGCGUAUCGGUCGACAACAUCGCGCUUGACCCGCGGAUGUGCCACGCAUUUCUCUGCGCACCACGUCGCACGUGUUUGAUGGGGCCGACUGCUGAGGGCGCUGGCAACACCGCAGGAGCGCCAGAUGAGGCGGGAAAGGUGGACAACGACGAGGAGUGUCAGGUAGAGGCGUGCUUCCUUGUUGGCGCCACGAGUGCACAGAAGGAGCACGUCGAACGGGCUUUUGCCGCCUUCCACGACCUGCUGCACUGCGGUUUUUACCACGGCCACGCCCACACGAGUACCGACAACGCCGGUCGGGUGGUCCGCUUCACACCACUACGAAGGGUCCGCCUGAUUCCCCCCGCUGCGGCAACGUCAAGCGCAUCAUCGUACACCCCGGCGGCAGCUGCGUCAGUCGACGAGGCACAGGCGCUCUUUGCACGACAUGUUGCCGGUCGCUGCUGUAUCACCUACGCACCGCAGCCACAGUGGGAGGCACUGCUCUCCCUACCUGGUCUCUCAGACAAGCUGACGCAAUACAUCGCAGAGGACGCGUCCGCCGACGCUGGCGAGGCGGCCCGGCGCAGCGUACGCGCGGUGGAGCUCGCAACGUUGGCCCAUGGAAACGAUCAACGGGCAGCCAGCAGGUCAGCAGAGCACGUAAACGGCGCUGCACCCUCCAACACCGCGUUGUCUGCGUCGGCACCGCCACCGUCGUUGCGCCCAAGCCGGCACACACCGCGUGCGUUGCGGCAGCCGAAGACUGCCGUGGGCAGUCGCGGUGUUGUGCAGCGGCCCAGCGAGGCGGAGAGGCCUUCCUCUUCCCUCGCUCCCCAGCCACCAUCAGCGGUGUCACCGCCACAUCGCACCGCUUGGCCCACCGACAGUCCCAGCCUUGACAGCCAGAGCAACUCCUCCCACCCGUCCACGAGCAACGCACGCACCGGCACUUCUGGCUUUGCUCUUUCCGCGUUGCCGACAGCUGCGAUGACGCCAGAUGAAACGAGAAGAAGAACGCCACGAGAGUCUGACAGGACUUCGGACCCGCCCUCGGCUGACGGAGCUGCGGGGGACAGCACGAGACACUCUGCUGCUGCUGCUUCUGCUUCUGCAUCAACGUCGCAGCCGCCCCUGCUCGACGACAGUAGCGUUGAGACUAAUCCGCUGUCGCGCAGGGCCCCGGCGAAGGCGAUCAGCACGAGUCAGAGCCCCGCACAAGUGUCGCACGUGACGCUCCCUGGCGGCGAUAGCUUUGCCUACACCUACCCCUUCAAAGCAGCCUCGAAGGCGAUGCUGGCGGACUUGGAUGACUUGGAGGCGGAUACGUGCUACGUGGUGGGCUUCCAGCAGCGGAGCGGCAUUUCAGUGUACCUCUGGCGUGGCGCGGAGUCGCCGCUGGAGGUCCAGCAGGUGGUGGAUGCGUUUGUAGAUCAAAUGCUGGAGUCGCCGCGCGACGCGGCACAGCUCGCGUCGCUCAAACAAUCGUUGGAGCGUAAAUCGUGGACGGCGUGUACCCUGUUCUUGCCGUGCAGCGAUGCCUGUGACGAUGCAGAUUCGGGCGAGCACGGCGUCGUGCUGUCGAACGUGCGCGUUUUGUUUGUAGAGCAGGGGGAAGAGCCGGAGGAGUUUCUGACGCUGCUGUGA